GGGGGAGCAAUUUUAGUUUAUCUUCUGGCACGGCAGAGGCGUGUGUGUGAGAGCCUUUCAACAAGUGGUAGUUUUUCAAUCAGCAAAUGCAUUCAGUUUGAGCAGCCAGCUGGAGCGUACUGGGCGUGGGUUGUGGGUUGGGGGCCCCCACUUUAUGUGGGUGUUAACCACAGCCUUAAAACAAUUGGGUGCUAAUAAUCCCAGUUAAUCUGCAUAAGUGAGAGCGGGUGUAUGGCGGGAAGGCAGCGGAGCACAAAUUACCAGCACAUCCUUGGAAGUAAUCUGCUCUGCUCUUUGAUGGCAUCAAUAUAAAAGCCCUGGCAGGACCCUCAGAAGCUCAGACGUUGCUCAGGCCUCGUCGUGUGUAGUUUGAAACGAAACAUGAUGCGUCUCCUGCUACUGCCUCUGUUCCUCUUCACAUUGUCCAUGGCCUGCAUGGGUCAGACGUUUCAGUACUCCCGCGGCUGGACCAAUGGCAAGCGAGCACUUACUCCACCGUCUCUUCUGAGCCAUGGACAUUUCAAUCGAGCCAGCGAUUUGGGUUUCUCAGAUCUGUAUGACGUUCAGGACUGGAGCAGUGAACGCAGGCUGGAGCGCUGCCUGGCGCAGCUGCAGCGAUCGCUACUGAGUCGGGUCUAUGGCUCCGUGGUGGACUUCAAUGCGAAUCGACCCGAACCGGAGUCUAGCGACAGUGUCAGCUCCCGCAACCGAGCCAAUAACAACAACGAAAAUGUUUUAUAUCCGACUCCCAUUCAAAAUCGUCAUCACUCAUCGAAUGAACUUCUUGAGGAAAUCUCUGCUGCGGUGGCCGGAUCCGGACCGACGGGUGCGGGCUCAGGGGAGCCGAGCGUGUUUGGAAAACACUAGCUCAGUUUUCGAAGUGUUAUGGUAUUUUAAAACUUUUGUGGAACUAGCAAGAAAAUGCUACAAAAAUGUAAAAAAAAACAAUGUUAUAUUUGUUGGCACAAGGUCAAUAAAAGAAAUCUUUAAGUAGCAGAA